CGCUUUUGCUUCACCCUUUUGCUUUAGUGUAAAUGGAGGUUACGCGGCGUGACGCGCCAUCGGAAGCAUCGUCAAGGCCACCACCUGCUCCGUCCUUCUCCUUGUCUUCUUCCUCCUCCAUUCUUUCUAUAAAUCUCGCACCAUCUCUCCAUCAUCUCUCCCUCCACAAGCACAUACUUCUUCGUGAGCUAGAAGAGAUCUCAGUCGACGUUUCCGAAUCGAAGAUGAGCCAAUACAACAGCCAGAACCAAAUCCCAGUGGCGCACCCACCACCGGCAUCGGCAAUGGCGUACGGGGCGCCUCCGCCACCCGGCUAUCCCACGAGGGACGGCCAACAGCCUCCGCAGAACGCUGUCCCUAUCGCGACCAAGGCUAGGGGCGACGGCUUCUGGAAGGGCUGCGCUGCUGCGCUCUGCUGUUGCUGCGUCCUGGAUGCCUGCUUCUAGGAAUCCCCGGAGAGGAUCGCCUUCCUUUUAAUUCGUCGCUCUUCGUGUUUAGCAUUCGAUUUUUACAGCUCUUUCUUUGUCAUUCUUGCGAUGAAUGAGACGUGUUAUUUAUCACCAUGUACCCAUUAUUGUUGUGAUAUAUACUAGUGUUCUCGUAUUUUUCUUGCAUCUUUUGUGUUAUAAAUUCGACCUCUGUUUCCUUUUUCUUUCUCCCCAUAAAGCAAGUAUGAGAUAGAUUUAAGGUUAAGAUCCGGGCAGAUGCGAACGUGAGUCGUACGUAUUCGUAUUAAUGAGUUGCAAUACAAUGAAAGCUACAAGCUCUAUUUUCAUCUCA